AUGGCCCAAUCCGCGGCCCUUGCGUCUUCAGAGGUUGCCCAUCACUCUCAAGCUCAACCGUCGUCACAACCCGCUCCGCCGCUCGAGCAGUCGAAGGGUAGCCCCAGUGGCCUGCAUCAGCCGACGAUGCCCGGCGACAUGCAAACACAACAGAUGCCAACCCCCGUGGGAGCUUACCGGCAACCAGACCAAAGAGCACUUCACCCCCACGCCCAGCCACAAGAUGGCAAGGCAGGUUACAACCAGUCUCCCCGCGAGUCAUGGCGCCCGUCCCCCCAGCCUGCCAAUCCGAACAUCGCAAGUGGAUCUGCGCAUACACCGGGUGAUCACGACGGCGAGAGCCAGGUUACCGCCAGUCGUCUGGUCCCAGGAGACCGCCAUGAUAGGGCAGAGAGCGAGGCUGUCACUGCCAAGCAAGACUUGUCUCCUGGUAUCUCCCCUUCUCAGAGCCCAGCGCACCAGGAGCCCAGCCUCGACUCACUCGCCAAACUGCGUCAAUUCAAGCGCGAAGUUGAAGCCUCUCGCCAAACCAAAUUAUCCUCCGCUGAACUGGAUCCCUCAAGACUGGCAAAGAUGGCCGAGUCGUUCCUCUUGUCCCAAAAUCAGCCGACGUCACAACGAAAGUCACCUCUCUCCCAUUCUUCCACCACAUCGCCAUUUAUACCCUUGGCACAAAAUGGGUCGGCAACCGCGACGGAAGACGAUGAGAAGGAGAAGUUUAUCAAGGAACAGCAGCUGAAAGAACAACUCAGGGCAAGAGCCGACCGAGCCGGAGUGGCAGGUAAACCCAAGGAGCAAUCCCCUUCUACCAAUCAACAACAAUUGCCUAGUAGGCGGCCUCGCGCUGAAGAUCUGAUUGAUCCGGGAACUGAAUUUGCUGCAACUGCACCGAUCCCGACCCGUCCAGCUGCUUUGUCGCACGAUCCGGUCGACCCACGUCUCCGUGGUCCGCCACCAGGGGGUCCCGCGCUUAGCCAUCCACUUCCACCCCAUCCAAUCCCUAAUGGCCCUCCAGCCCUCCACAAUCUUCCGCCCACAACCUCAGCGCCAGCUCCAGGUAACAAUUAUGAGCCCAGCGCGAGGAAUUUCGUCCCGGCAAGGUUCAGGGAUGGAAAGGGAGGUGUACCGGUCUUUGGAGCAUUCAAAAAGUAUGGCUCGGACAAUGAUUCGCCUGUCUACCCUAGGGUUGAUAGUGUUCCACCUCCUAUCAGAGAAGAACGUCACCGGCCUAGGGACAUUGAGCUGUCCCCGCCGCCAAGAUCGGAGGGAAGAAGUCUCGCAGACAGAAUAUCUGCCCCUCGAUCAGCUGCCGCUUCCUCUAGGCCUCGAUCACCUUCGCCCGUACGUGGUCCUGCCCCUUACCGCCCCCCUCGAAAUACAUAUUUGGGGCCACCCGCCGCUCGAGAUGCGCGAGACAACCGGGAAUACCACCGACUGUCGUCCCCUCGACGUUACGCUGACCGAAGCCCGCCUCCACCGAUCGACGCUCCACACCGGCCGCCUUACGAUACGAGGUACGGAGACCCCAGGAACUAUCCAGACCCGCGAGAUUCUCGAGACCCCAGGAAUGCGCCCGAGAGGUUCCGAGACAGAGAGUACGCUAGACCGUUGUCUAGAGACUUUGACCGGCCGCCCUCUCCACCUGGACGUGGCAGGGAAUUCAGCAGAUAUCCCGAGCGUGACCCUUACACAGGACCCCCUCUAGACUACCGUCCCGCGCCACCUGUUCCUGCAGUGAAUGAAAAUGUUUUGGAGACUAUUGAAAACCUCAAGGCUCAACUCUCUCACCUUCAACAGGCAGCGUUAAAGCCAGCACCAUCCCCCUACCCGCCUAGAGAUCACGAUCGCGAGCGUUUGCCCGAUACGGUCCUCCUCCACGGGACUACCCUCCCCCGCUGCGGGACUAUUCUCCACCACCACCCCGAGGUCCUUAUCGCGAUUCCUCCCCUCCCUACCGUCGAGGGCCUUCGCCGCCACCCCUGCGAAGGGGCGCGUCUCCUCCUCCUAUCCGACGAGGUCCGUCUCCUCCGUUUUCCAGUCGAAGAGACCUUUCUCCACCGCCAAGCUCCCGACUGCGACGACCAGGUUCGCCCCCACCUCCCCCCCGCGGGGGCUACCUCCCUCCGAGGGAAUACGGGUACGAUAGACCUGAGCCCACGCCAAAGAGGAGGCGGCUGA